AUGAACCUUGAACAAUUGUCUAAAAACAACGACUGUGAUGAUAAAAUUGGAACUAGCUUUGAAAUUAAUAUUAGUAAUGAUCAGGAUAACAAUGCCUUUGACCUUUUGAAUAAUAGUCGUAACAUAAUUUUACUUGAACAAACACCUUUAACCAGUAAUAAUACGGCUAUUAUAGAUGAUGAUUCUCUUGACCUUCUUAAUGGUAGUUGUAACGUAAUUUUAUUUGAACAAGAAGUACCUUCAACAAAUAAUAAUAUAGUUAUAAUAGAUGAUGAGUCUUUUGACCUGUUUAAUAGUAGUUGUAACGUAACUUUACCUGAACAAGCAUCUUCGACUAAUAACAAUCCUGUUAAGGUAUUAGUUGGUCAAACUUUUAAUGAUUGGUAUGAUGUCCAGCAACACAUUAUCGCUUAUGCAAUAAAUCAAGACUUUUCCACAAGGCUUCAUUAUACAGAAAGAUGUAUGGACUUUAUUCUUAGAGCGGAAAUUGUUUGUUGCCGUACUGGUGUACCACCUAAAAAAAGUACUGGAUUGCGAAAGACUAAAAGUAUUGCUAUUGAUUGUAAAUUUAAGAUAGUAAUUAGAUGGGCAAAAAAUAAAUAUUGUAUAAGGGAAGCUAAGCUUGAACACAACUACCCUUUGGAUUCUGCCGCUGUUAUAUUUGAUCCUGAUCACCGUAGGUUAAGCAGCAAUGAAAGUAUGUAUGUACAAACACUCUAUAAUAGUGGUGUACCAGUACCAACAAUCAUAAAUAUGUUAACUGAACAGUAUAAUAGGUACAUUCAUAAUAAGGAUAUUUAUAAUUCCUUAAAUCGCCAAUUCCACGACUAUGUAAAAGGGUUAUCUCAAACUGCUGAACUAUUAAAUAACCUAAACAAUAAUAACGAAUAUCAUGCAUUUGGUCAAUUAAAAAAAAUGGUUGAAGAUAAGACUUUUUACGAUAUACAAACAGUUAUAACUGAUGCUGAUCUUGACAAGCUUAAAGAUAAGUUUACAGCAUUUAACAAAGAUUUCAAAGCAGUGAUGUUUAAAACUACGGAGGAGCAAUUUACCGUUCGAUGGGAUUGUUUAUUAUCUAAAUAUCCUGAGGUAGGUAAUUAUAUGGUAGAGCAAUGGAAAUCUUAUGAUAAUAUGUGGGCAUAUUGUUAUACUAAUAAUUAUGUCAACUAUAGAAUACGAACAACACAAUGGUCUGAAGCCACUAACGCGCAUCUAAAAAGAUUACUUGGUCAUACAGUACUUCUACCUCAAUUAAUUAAUGCAUUAGAAAAAUUAACUCAACACCAACUCCAGCAUUCUCAAUAUCAACAGUAUCGUUUACGUAGUAGCACUCGUCAACAUGUUAAUUAUAUAGGUGCUCGUUGGAUUAUCGCACUAUCAGAAUUUACUGUAUAUGAACAACAAAAUGAUUUUGUUGACGAUCUUAGCGAAUCUACUACUGAAUAUACUAGCGAAUUUACUACUGAAUCUAUUACUGAAUCUACUACUGAAUCUAUUACCAAAUCUACUACUGAUUCUACUAUUGAAUCCACUGCUGAAUUCAAUAACAUGAUUUACAAUAUAUCCUCUAAUCAACAAAGGCCUACAAGAAGUACUGUGGAUUUACUUAAGGACAUUGAAACUAUAUCUAAUCAA